AUGUCCUACAACAACCCUUCAUCAACAUUAGCAUCCAGAUUCUCGAACUCAAAUACAGCAACAUCAUCAACUGUGAAGGCAACAUACACAGUCCGAGUCGGUCCCAAAGAGGACCCGCACGGCUACGUGCCUCGGUCACUCAACGCUAGUGUCGGCGACUUGAUAGUCUUUGAGUUCUAUCCUCGUAACCACUCCGUCGUGCAGGCAGACUGGAAAGCACCAUGCAUGCCUGCCGAUGGAAAUUAUUUUUUCUCCGGGAUCAAGAACGAUUUCAAUGAGGUGAACGGGCAGGUUGUUGGCAGGUUGCCGACGUGGAAUUGGACUGUUGAUCGAGAAGAGCCAACCUUCUUCUACUGUACUGGCGCAGACUCCUGCAUCAGGAACGGCAUGGUAGGCGUUAUUAACCCGAACAUUACACAAACAUGGGAAUCCCAACGAAAAGCUGCCCUCGAAGCCCCCUACAUGCUCCUCCCGGGCCAAUCUAUGCCAGCUGAAGGCUCGAACCCCAAUACCGAGACAACAGCUACUCAUUUGUCACCAUCACCCUCUGCAGGCACCUCUUCAACCUCCUCCCCCAACGCCCUCAGCGGUGGUGCAAUCGCCGGGAUUGUAGUGGGGUCCGUAGCAUUUCUGGCUAUCCUAUGCUCUCUCUUGUUUCUUCUCGGCUGGAACCGCGUGUAUAAGCAAUGGCUUUCGCAAGGCCAAGAAGGGAGUGGUGAUUGCGCGAGCUCGUCGAAGAAUACCCGCACCGUGCAGUGGGUGGAUUCUUCCACUCCCGCUGCUAUUGGAGUUGGUGUUGAUUCUGAAAGGAGUGAAGGUGAUAGAGGGAGUACUGGGUUUCCUGGAAGCUUGAGAGCGCAUGGGUCAUCGCUCCUUCACGAGCCUGCUGCCGAUGGAACUAUGGUUGGGCUUGAGUUUGGACCCGGAUCUCGGCCGGGUACUGCUCCUGGGACUGGAACGGGGACAGGAUUCGUCUCAGUAGACCAUUGCUUGCCCUUGGCCCCGGCACAGACUGGCACUUCUUCGAUCUUUGAUGGUGGGUAUGGAAUUUCGUCUCCUUUGGGAGCGCAGGUCCCGUUUCCGCAGCAGCAGCAGCAGCAGCCUCAUUGGAACUGGGAUCACAGUAUUCAUCCGUUUCAUUUGAGUGGCUGCAGAGGCGAGCCAUCGGAGUUGGAGGCGGAUAACCACAAAUGA